GGAUGUAGUCUGUCUUCAUGUUCUAGUACCCAUAAUACAUCAUGUUUUAUCUUCUGUCUACAGAGAUCAGACAGCAGAAGGAGAUCAGACAGCAGAUGGGUGAUGCUCUGUUUGUGAACAUAAACAAGGUUCACCUCAUCCAGAGUGUUACCAUGGUGAUUCCCAUGGCAUUUUACUUGAUCCGUUCUGAGACGUACUCUAAGAUCCAUGCUGCCAGGACCAGACAGUACCAGAUGAUAUGGUUGUACGAGGCUCUAGACUCAAGAGGGGAAAAGCUGAAAUCAGACUUUUACAGGAUUCUACUGGAUCUGGAACCUGACGUUGUCAUCGACCUGGGUGCCAUAUUUGUGGACGUCCAUAAGGAUCAACUCAUUCGGAGGGUUACCAAGGUGAUGCCCAUCCUUCAUGAGCUGUUCUAUGAGAAGUUGUACCGUGACAUCAGUAUCAAAGAGAUGACCAGACAGGACCAGAUGGAACAGUUGUACGAGGCCCUAGAAGAAGCAGAAGACUCAAGAAGUGCGAAAUUAGACUUUUACAGGAUUCUACUGGAUCUGGAACCUGACCUUGUCAUUGACCUGGAUUCAAAAUUGAUGGAAGACCAUUACCGUUGUCAAAUUAAUCUCCUGAAUGGACUGCUGGAGGAGGUCAAAAGAGAGAAGGGUGGACUACAAGACAAGCUGAGGAGAGCUGAUGAAGAGACCAUUCAAUCCCUCUCCACCUCUCCAGGAGGUCAACAGGAAACACAGACUCCUUCCCAAAAGUCUGAGAGGAUUGAAGGGGUGGAGAUGAAGUCUUUACCUGGUUCAGGGAGGAAGUCUUUACCUGAGAAGAGGCCUUUACUGGCUGCUGGACCACAGACUGAUGAUCUGGAUGAGAUGGAGAGGGGAGGAACAGUUACUAUUGACAAUAACUCUAUGCUAUAGGGUUACUAUAGAGAGACAAUAACUAUAGAGAGACUAUAACUAUAGAGAGACUAUAACUAUAGAGAGACUAUAACUAUAGAGCUGAGUUACUAUGGAGAGACUAUAACUAUAGAGCUGAGUUACUAUAGAGACUAUAACUAUAGAGAGACUAUAACUAUAGAGCUGAGUUACUAUAGAGAGACUAUAACUAUAGAGCUGAGUUACUAUAGAGAGACUAUAACUAUAGAGCUGAGUUACUAUAGAGACUAUAACUAUAGAGCUGGGUUACUAUAGAGAGACUAUAACUAUAGAGAGACUAUAACUAUAGAGCUGAGUUACUAUAGAGAGACUAUAACUAUAGAGCUGAGUUACUAUAGAGAGACUAUAACUAUAGAGCUGAGUUACUAUAGAGACUAUAACUAUAGAGCUGGGUUACUAUAGAGAGACUAUAACUUUCUAUAGAGACCUAACCCACCUAACAAAGCUGAGUUUCUGAGUAUAUAACUGAGUGAUAUGAAUCUUGGUAAGUUAUCUGAUAAAGGUGUUAGUCAGUUCUCUAUAAUCCACUUCCAGUAGUUAGUUCUUUACUUUUUGAAGUUUCACUACCCAUGUCUGUUAUGGGUUUAUAUCCAUUUCCUGAUUAUUCUAUAUAUGAUCAGGUAUAUCAACCAGACCACAGGUCUAAUGUCUCCUGUUACAGACUCUCUUAUGUCCAGUACCUGAUCAUCAGGUAUAUCAACCAGACCACAGGACUAAUGUCUCCUGUUACAGACUCUCUUAUGUCCAGUACCUGAUCAUCAGGUAUAUCAACCAGACCACAGGACUAAUGUCUCCUGUUAGAAUCUGUUACAGACCCUCUUACACACGGUUUCCAUGGUAUCAAAUACAUCAAACAUGUGGUGUCCAUGGUUUCCAUGUUUGGUGCAGUUCCAUUGGCUCCGUUCCAGCCGUUAUAAUGAGCCGUCCUCCCCUCAACAGCCUCCUGUGAACAAGACUGAUAAAACCAUUUGUUGAAAUGUUUAUAUUUCUGUUUUAGCUUCAACCUGUCAGCUUCUAUUGUAGCUUCAACCUGUCAGCUUCAACCUGUCAGCUACAACCUGUCAGCUUCUAUUGUAGCUUCAACCUGUCAGCUUCUAUUGUAGCUUCAACCUGUCAGCUUCUAUUGUAGCUUCAACCUGUCAGCUUCUAUUGUAGCUUCAACCUGUCAGCUUCAACCUGUCAGCUUCUAUUGUAGCUUCAACCUGUCAGCUUCAACCUGUCAGCUUCAACCUGUCAGCUUCUAUUGUAGCUUCAACCUGUCAGCUUCAACCUGUCAGCUUCUAUUGUAGCUUCAACCUGUCAGCUUCUGUCGUAGCUUCAACCUGUCAGCUUCUAUUGUAGCUUCAACCUGUCAGCUUCUAUUGUAGCUUCAACCUGUCAGCUUCUAUUGUAGCUUCAACCUGUCAGCUUCAACCUGUCAGCUUCUAUUGUAGCUUCAACCUGUCAGCUUCUAUUGUAGCUUCAACCUGUCAGCUUCUAUUGUAGCUUCAACCUGUCAGCUUCUAUUGUAGCUUCAACCUGUCAGCUUCUAUUGUAGCUUCAACCUGUCAGCUUCUAUUGUAGCUUCAACCUGUCAGCUUCAACCUGUCAGCUUCUAUUGUAGCUUCAACCUGUCAGCUUCAACCUGUCAGCUUCUAUUGUAGCUUCAACCUGUCAGCUUCUAUUGUAGCUUCAACCUGUCAGCUUCUAUUGUAGCUUCAACCUGUCAGCUUCUAUUGUAGCUUCAACCUGUCAGCUUCAACCUGUCAGCUUCUGUUGUAGCUUCAACCUGUCAGCUUCAACCUGUCAGCUUCUAUUGUAGCUUCAACCUGUCAGCUUCUAUUGUAGCUUCAACCUGUCAGCUUCUAUUGUAGCUUCAACCUGUCAGCUUCAAC